CGUAAAGGAUUGAAGUUGUGAGGUGAAAGAGAUGGAGGGAAAGAAGAGGCGUCUGGUGUUGGUUCACGGAGCCCAGCAUGGAGCAUGGUGUUGGUAUAAGCUCUAUGCUCUUCUUAAUUCCGCCGGACUCCAAGUCACGUGUCUCGACAUGGCUUCUUCCGGCAUCCAUCCAACGCAGGUGCUCGAUAUCACUUCAGUUUCACAAUAUGUUGAACCUUUGUUCCAAUUUCUAAGAUCUUUACCACCAGAGGAACGAGUCAUCCUUGUCGGUCAUAGUUUUGGAGGCUUAUGCAUUUCUCUAGCCAUGGAGUUCUUCCCUCUCAAAAUUGCAGUUGCGGUUUUCGUUACCGCCUGGAUGCCUGGUCCCAACCUUAGCUAUCUCACACUAUUACAAGAGUUCAAGCACAGGUUAAGCUUGAAAUCCAAUUUCGACUACAAGACUGUGUCUGAUGAAAAUUCCAACAGUGAUGAGAAGCGAUAUGUAACACCCGAUCCUCAAAGAUUAGCAUCCAACUUUUACCAGCUAUCUCCACCCGAGGACUUCACCCUGGCGUUGUCACUAGUGAGACCCUUUCCCAUCUUCAGUGAUGAAGAUUUGCGAGAAAAUAUACAACUCACAGAAGAGAACCAUGGAACUGUGGUCAGAGUCUAUAUAGUGUGUGAAGAAGACAAUUUAAUAGAGCAGGAUUUUCAACUGUCAAUCAUUGAAAGAAACCCUCCUAAUGAGGUCAAAGUGAUUUCUGGAGCUGAUCACAUGCCCAUGUUAUCUAAACCACAACAGCUUUUCUCUUACCUUCAAGAGAUUGCCAACAUCUAUUACUAGCAUUUCAGCGUUUGUUUUAUUUCUGCAAUCAUGUGUGAUGACCAUAAAGAUCAGCAAAGACAUUUGUACCUUCCCAGAUAUCUGUAGAUGGUCCUGUGAUCAAUUUGCUUUUCUACUUUAUAAAGCCGUUCUAUUAGUUUCGACUUCCACA